AUGUAUCACCUACGGCUGUCUGUGCUUCUCCUUGUGCUGCUUGUGUUGCUGCGCUGUGUCACCACUGCUCCAAGUCACAGGUAAGUCUAUGUCUACGUAUUUACCUGAGAGGAUACUGCUAUCAUGUUAAGAUGAUGUACCCAAAUCAGUCUCUUUAACCAAACUGAUGCAGUCAUCAUAUCGGGUGCCUUCUAUCUUGAGAGGCAGGAAACCAGUUUAACUCGAGGUCAGUGGACAAGCAGCUGAAUAGCAUAGAGAUUGUGUGAUGAGAGGAGCUGUAAUGUCCAUGUGAGGAGCAGCAGGGCUCUGAUAACUCCUGAGGUGGAAGCCAAUUGCGCCUAUCUGUGGAAAAAAGUGCUUCACCGUGCAGCUCAUUGGGGGUUGAGUGGCCACUUUUUCUCCUUGCUCUUGGAAGCAGUAGAUUUUGAAGAAGGUAUCAUUAACUAGUGUUCAGCCCUUUCCCCUGUGAUCUCCUCUGUGAUUCAGGUACUUCAGCUCCAGCUCAUCCAGCGAGCAGGAGAGGGCUUUUCCAGACAGCGACGGCUGGCUACCGGCGGGGCUCAUUUCCAACCCGUUCCUUGACCUCAUGGGGUCACGGCUGCGAAGAGGGCUGGCAGCCAUGAACGGGUAACUGGAUUUACAUAAAUCCUCAUCAUAUCGUAAACAAAUCCAUCUAUCUGAUGUCGGUGCAUCCCUCAGUUUCUGUGCUUUCUCUUCUCUGCCAGUCACCACCUAGAGAAGAGGAAGUGCAACACAGCCACCUGCGUCACUCAGAGGUUAGCAGACUUCCUAGUCCGCUCCAGCAACACUAUUGGCACCGUCUAUGCACCAACCAACGUAGGAUCUGGCACCUACGGCAAGAGGGACCUGCUGCAGCCUCCCAAAUACAUGUCUCUCUAG